AUGUUCCGGGAUUCUUCCAAUGGCAUUGAGGAGUACACCACAUCUGUCACUGGCUUUAUCAAUAAGUGCAUCGAGGAUGUCGUCCCCACAGAGACUGUACGCUCCUUAAUGGGUGACCCAGUGGUUAUGUUGAGCUUGUACCCAGAGUUCCCCAAGGAUGUGAUGUCAUCGAUGACCUCACACGGGGAGUUCCUGUUUGUAGUGGAUCGCUCUGGCAGCAUGGAAUGCCCCAUGCACCUUGGGUCUGGGUCACAGGACCGUAUUAGCAGUGCCAGGGAUACUCUGCUGCUCUUGCUGAAAAGCCUGCCCAUGGGCUGCUACUUCAACAUCAUCGGCUUUGGGUCCAGUUAUGAGUCCUUCUUUCCUAAGAGUGUGGAGUACAGCCAGAAGACUAUGGAUGAGGCUCUGCAGAAGGUGAAAGAAAUGAGGGCUGACCUGGGAGGUACAGAGAUCCUCCAGCCUUUAAAACAUAUCUACAGCCAGCCCUGCCUCCCCGACAGGUAG